UUAUUAAAAUAAAGCAUAAAAUUGGUAUCCAACGUUAGAAUCCAACGUUACGUCUAUGUCUAUAUUCGCGUGAUAUCUUAGACAAAAUAUUCCCAGCCUCGUAAAGAUCAAACUAGUUUCAUUGUGGUACGAGGAGAUGAUCGCGAUCUUCGCGCUGGCGCAAAACUCCCACCAUAGAUGUCUUCGGUACGCGCUAGUUUCGAGGGAGGAUUCGAUAUUUCCACGGCAAAUCGAGUUGAACUUUUUCCGCGACACCAUGCGACGCUCAUAUGAUCUCGCGAUCUCGUGAAAGAGAAUAAAUACGACGCAUAUCGUGCAUACAACGACCGUGUAUCGUGCUACCCCAGAUCUCUCGAAUUGGAUUUUCGCCGGGCUUGAAAGAACAUCAUCGUUCAACACGCGAACAAAAGAUAAACAGCGAAAAAGGAUCGCUAAGAAUAUAUUUUGAUUCGUGGAAAAAUACACGUUGGACAAAAUAUAUCGAAAUCUGUCAGUAACGUUGACCAUAAGCUGGGAUUCAACGGCGAACAUAUGGAAGAAUGUCAAAACUAACGGGAAAAUAUUUCAUUUUACGAAAUACACGGAACAGUAUCAGUGACGAUGACCUGACAUGCUAAUAAGUUUCGAACAGCGAAAAUAUAAGCGGGGAUUUAUCAGCGUAUAAAUAUUCAAGCUUAAUAGCCUGAUUAUCAUGAGAUCUGAAUCGUCAAUCUCGAGAACACGAAGCCGGCGAAUAUUUUCGCUAAUUGUUGUCCUAUUACCUGACCGCCGAUCGUUCGCCGAUUCCGAAAGAACGAUAAGGAUAAAAUGAACAGAAUGAUUUCGACGAUAGAAAAUAUUACGACGAUCCUUGAAGAAACUGCGGGAGACGCCUGGGGAAAUUACUCGAGCACGAUCGCCGCUUUCCUGACGGAAGAAAGCGCGUCCGAUCGCCGGGACCCCCUGUACAUCGUACUACCGAUCACAGUCAUCUACGUUAUAAUCUUCUUCACCGGCGUGAUCGGCAACAUCUCCACAUGCGUGGUGAUCGCGCGCAACAAGUCCAUGCACACCGCCACCAAUUAUUAUCUCUUUAGCCUGGCCGUGUCCGACCUCCUACUGCUCAUUUCCGGCCUGCCGCCGGAAAUGUAUUAUAUAUGGUCGCAUUUUCCCUACGUCUUCGGCGAAGCAUUCUGUAUUAUUCAGAGCUUCGCCGCGGAAACCUCGGCUAACGCCACCGUUCUCACCAUCACGGCUUUCACCGUCGAGAGAUACGUGGCGAUCUGUCAUCCUUUCAUCUCGCAUACCAUGUCGAAACUGUCCCGAGCAAUCAAAUUUGUGGUGGUGAUCUGGCUAUUAGCCCUCUGUCUCGCAGUGCCACAGGCCAUCCAAUUCGGCAUCACCUAUGACUACGUCGACGAGAGCGCAGUCCUGGACAGCGCCAGGUGCUCGACGAGGUGGAAGCUGAUCGAGCACGCGUUCGAGAUCUCGACCAUUCUGUUUUUCGUACUGCCGAUGACAAUCAUCAUCGUGCUGUACAUACUGAUCGCCAUCAAGCUGCGACGCUCGAGUCUGCUAACCGCCACCGACAGCAAGAGACAUCGCGUACCUAGUGGAUUAAAUCAGGAUAACGGCAGAGGGAAGACGAACGCCCAAAGAAAUGUCAUUCGCAUGCUCAUCGCAGUGGUGGUGGCCUUUUUCAUCUGCUGGGCGCCAUUUCAUGCACAAAGACUAUUGGCCGUUUAUGCUCAGAGCACCACAUCUGAACCAGGAGAUGCCCUGGUCAUAAUAUAUACCACGCUCACGUAUGUGUCAGGAGUGUUCUAUUAUCUAUCUACCACAGUAAACCCGCUCCUCUACAAUAUCAUGUCUAACAAGUUCAGGGAGGCCUUCAAGUCGAUGCUAUCUAAGAAUUGCGUCAGGAAGUGCUCGUCUCACAGGAGUAGCCUUCGACAGCCGACUUAUAGCAGUUUAUCGCGGUAUCAGAGAUCCAUGAAGCAUCGAUUCGACGGCGUUCAACAUUCGCCCUCGAUAUCCAUCAGCGACGAGCAACAGCGAUUGAUGCAUAUCGCUCUGCCGAAUAACGUAAAUUCCUGCGAGGUGAACGGACUCGCGAAAUCACGGAGCGAGCAACAGAUACGACCUGUUGUCGCGAUUAGAGAGACCGCAAGCUGCCGGGAAUAUGCCAGAAGCAUGUCGAGAGGCUCCGAUUCUAGUCAGCUCACCAUGACAACGUCGUUGGGCAAGCAGGGUCUCAACAACGAAGGCAACAACAACGUGGCCACGAACGAGUGUCCGCCAAGGAUACAUAAGUCGCCGAAAGCUGUCAUUUUAGCAGGGAUUCUUACGGAGAGACUGGGCCUCGGCACGAAAGGAUUCUUCGCGCAGCAUCGAAAAAAUUCAUCGACCAGCCCGACGAGACCGAAACCGGAAAAACCACCGGUUGCAGUGAUGUCGCCUAAAUUCCAGAGUCACCCAAGCAUCGAGAGUGCCAAUACGAUCAGCAAUUCCAGCCUUCAGGAUCUCGACGAGACCGAGUUUACCGGGUCUGAGCUGGCGCGGUACAUGGGCGAAUUGAACUUCGAUCUCGUCACCUGACAUUCGUUCAUCGAGGCGAAACGUCGCCUCUCGAAGUAGAUAUUUCUCGCGAUCUUUGCAUGCAGUAUCGCAGACUUAUAGAGCCUUUUAAUAUAAAGAUCUUGACACUAUAAUAUCUAUAUACCUCAUACGAGAACGUGCUGUUACACCUGCAAUUAAAAAGUUUAACAAUUUGCAAAUCUCGAUACAAUUAUGGAUUUAAGUGCAGGACGAUACGCGAGACACAUUGCAUCAUCAAGAUGAAUGAAUGCGGAAUAUGCGACAAAUUUGAUUAGAAUCGGUUUUUGUGAAGUUAUUAUUGCAAGAAGAGAAAAGACUAUUGAUCCAAUUAUGCGAAGAUCUGCAGAUAUAAUAUAAUAAAACAAAUAACGGGAAAAAAAAAUGAAAAAGAUAUGUUAAAGUCGUCUGUGAAUCGGGUGUUACAUAAAUAAAUACUAUCAGUUAUUUUAUGCAAGUAGCCAAAAAUGUGGCAUAAACAAGAUAACUGAAUGCUUGAUAUUUAAAUUACAUAUAUUUGCGAACAUUUUACUUCUCUGUCCAACUGACUGUCCUGACUGUUAAUAAUACUAGUACCUCGCGCAGAUAGAAUUUACAAUAUCGGCGUUCCUCUAAGAAUGUAAACAUGUAUAUAUAAUAAAUAUGAUGAUAAAGA